AACGUGAAUUCAGCAGGAGGAGGGACCGACAGAGCCUUUGGGUGGUCAUGCAGAGGAGUUGAUCUGCUUCAUGUGUCUGUAGUUCAGAAAGAAGGACACAUGCGUGGAAGCCUGCAGCCUUCGUGAUGUAAAAAGUGAAAGUUUUAAUGGUGCAGACGAGUUUCCAUUGAUGCCUAAGGCAACGAUCUCAUCGUCCUUUUCGCAUCUAGGCACAGCCACAUGCAGCUGGCACUGUGAAGUGGUUAUUACACAGCCUAUAACUCCGAGAAACAUGGAACUUUUCUGUCUGGAAAAGGACACAGUCGUGCGAGCUCAGAAAGAUCCCAACAUCUUCUGCGAUGAACGAGUAUUGCAAAGUCUUCUAACAGUGGAAGACAGAUACGUUCCGCAGGGACCUUAUUUUAAAUGUGUCCAGAAGGAUAUUCAACCUUUUAUGAGGAAAAUGGUUGCGACGUGGAUGCUGGAGGUGUGUGAAGAGGAGAAAUGUGAAGAUGACGUUUUUCCGUUGGCUAUGAACUACCUGGACAGAUUUUUAGCUGCAGUUCCUACGAGAAAAUGUUAUUUGCAGCUCUUAGGAGCUGUUUGUCUCUUCCUAGCUUCAAAAUUAAAAGCAUGCCAGCCGCUGUCGGCCAGGAAGCUCUGCAUGUACACAGACAACUCCAUUACAUCUCAACAACUGCUGGAGUGGGAGUUGGUGGUGCUCAGUAAAUUGAAAUGGAACCUGGCUGCCAUCACUCCUCUGGACUUUAUCGAACACAUCCUGCACAAACUGCCCUUUCACGAAGACAGACUGACGCUGAUCCGCAAGCACACGCAAACCUUCAUCGCCCUCUGCGCGACAGAUCAUAGCUUUACCAUGUACCCUCCCUCCAUGAUCGCCACAGGAUGUGUGGGGGCAGCAGUGUGUGGCCUGCAGUCCAGCCAGAGCAACCAAAGCCUGUGGGGCGACAAUCUGAUGGAGCUGCUGGCUAAAAUCACCAACACUGAGCUGGACUGCCUGAAGUCAUGUCAAGAGCAGAUCGAACAGUUACUGACCGACAGCUUGAAAGAAAGCCAACAGCAGCAUCAGCAACAGCAGCAGGAUGGCAGAGCCAGCAACAAAGGGACGCAAUCUCAAAACCUAUCCUGCACCCCCACAGACGUCCGGGACGUGAACUUAUGAUGUCACUUCCUGUUCCUAUCCAACAGAUGCAUCAGUUAUUAAUAUAUUACUGUAUUUAAGUAAUUCCACACGACUGUCACGAUCAAAUAAAACACACACGCAGGAUAUUUUUGUAAAGGAGCAAACCAGCUGCUGCUGCCGUCUGGUAACUGCAGGCGGUGGCGUUUAACAUACUUGAACUUCAACCUCGAAUUAUAAUUCAUUCAGUAAUGCGGUGAUAAUUUAUAGUAAUUAAAGGAGAUAACAGCUAUGUUGGCUAUCAUAUGCAGCCAUAUCAAUGAUUGAUAUUGUUUAAUAAUUAGAAGAACAGCAUACUAUUGUUGUAGUUAAGAAUAUUAGGCUUUUUAUCUAGUGCUGGGCAAAAAAAUUAGCCGCAUACAAAAUAAAAGUCUGUUUUGACAUAAUAUAUGUGUGUGUACUGUGCGUAUAUAAAUACACACGUGCAUGCAUAUAUUAGAGAAAAUGUUUAUUUAUAUUUAGUUGCCAAAUAUAUAUGCAUAUGUUACAAAUUAUUAAUUUAAAUACCUUUUGUGUAACAAUGUAUGUGCGUAUUACAUAUACGUAUAUAUUUAAUGCACGCACACAUACACUUAUAUAUAAAUAUAUAUAUAUAUAUAUGUCAAAACAAUUAUUUUGCAUGCGAUUAAUCACGAUUAAUCUCUAUUUUAGUUAUAUAAGAUGCAUUAGUACUUCUAUUUUUAAAUAUAAUACUAGGAUAACUCAAUAGUCAGAUCAAAUAGUUUAUCAUAGAGAUAUUACAGUAACACAGUGAUCUAAUGUGUGAUAUCAGAUAGCAUAGAAACGAUUUUACAGACGAAUGUUAUCGCAUGCAUACGCAUAUAUGAAUAUAUUAGGCCGUUUCUAUCCAUGCAUGGUGACCAGCCUAAUGAGCACACCAGUUUCAGAUGGACACUAAGUAUGUAGUGUAGGUGGAGUAAAGGUGAAGUAGACGAGGGAGGAAAGCGUUGAAUUAAAGAAUGCAGAAAGAUUUUGCACGUGAUUUAGAUUUAGUAGAUGGUUCCUGGAUAGGUUUAGUCUUUUCAGAUAGUUGUGACGAUUAAGUGGUGCUGUUUGCUCAUGUUUGAACGCCAUCAUAUUUGGGUUAGAGACAGUCUUAUGUAUGUAUGCUGGAGGGAUUUAAUCAUUUGGGAGACUUAAAUUCCUUCUUAGCAAAUGCACUUUCAGAUAUCACCUCUCGCUGGCUAUUUGUGGUAGAUUGAUGACUAUUUCUAAGGGUCUUUUCUUUUUAAGUUAUUUUUUGUUUUGGGGGCUGGUUUCCCAUGUUAGGAGUGCUUGCGGGUUAUAGUCGGUUAAUAUUACAGCAAUACAUAUAAACCAAAAACGACUGAUCUAACUGUCAGCUGCCGUAGAUGUGGGUUGACAUGCUUAGUUUAGUUUUUAUUUCUUCUUCUUUUUUUUAGUUGUGUUGAAUUCAUGUCAGCAUUAUGGAAGCUUGUUGCCAGUUUAGAUUUUUUUAUGAUGAAAAAAUAUCCCUUUUUUUUUGUUAAUAUAUUAAUUGCAAGUCAAAAUCUGUAACUUUACAUUAACUACACACUAUGAGUCAUUUAAUAAGCAUUAGCAAAUAGUGAAUUCAUUAUCUGUUAAGCAUAACUCUACACAUUAACAUAUGCUAGUAAGCAGUUUAUAACUACUGAUAC